AAAUCUCUGGGGAGAGUGGAAAAGCGAGCAGGGGCACAAAAAGAAAAUACUUGAUUCGGAGGUAAUAAAUUUGAAAACUUUUGAAAUUCCUCCGCUCUGAAUCGGAAGUUGUUGCUCCAGAUUCCGGUGGGUUUUGCUUAGAAGUUGGAUACGAUUUAGGGCUUUUCGAUGAGAUGGCGGAGCAGAGGAGCAACGGCAGGUGGAACUGGGAGGUGAGUGGGUUCGAGACCAGGAAGUUAUCUUCUUCGACCGCUUCGUCGUUCGAGGAGGGCGAUCACCGGCCGGAUUUUCUCGAGAAAGAGAGAGAAAUCCAGGAUCUGAAACAAGAAAUCGUGGGUUUAAGACAAGAACUCAAAGAAGCGAAUGAUCAAUGUGUUUUGCUCUACGAUGAAGUUCAGAAGGCGUGGAAAGUUUCAUUUACACUGCAAUCAGAUCUCAAGUCAGAGAAUUCUAUGCUUACAGACAAACACAGGAUAGAGAAGGAGGAGAAUGCUCAGCUAAGGAAUCAGAUAGCUCAACUUUUACAGACCGAACAGGAACUGAAGAUUCAGAUACAGCAACAGAAUUCCACCAUUCAAAAUCUCCAGGAUAAAAAUAAAGGUUUAGAAUCACAACUGAGUGAAGCAUCUCGCUCUGAUACGACAACGUCAGUAAAUGCCUUGGAACCUCAAUCCAGAGAGGCAGGGGACACUACAGAUUCUUCUUCAGUUACCAAGAAACUUGAGGAAGAACUGAAGAAACGCGAUGCCCUGAUCGAGAAAUUGCAUGAAGAAAAUGAGAAAUUGUUCGACAGAUUAACAGAAAGGUCCAUGGCUGUUUCUACCCAGACAUCUAGUCCCUUAUCAAAAGCCUCCGCAAAGGUUCAACCUUCAGACGUUCAGAGGGGAAAUAGUAUGACUGAAUCAUUUUCAACAGAUGCAACUGCAUUACCGUCUUUACCGGAUAAGAAUGGUGGUGCUUUAGUAAAAGUGGGCUCUGAUAUAAUAAAAUCCACCCCUGCUGGAGAGUACUUGACGGCUGCAUUGAAUGACUUUGAUCCCGAACAAUACGAAGGUCUGGCUGCUAUUGCUGAUGGCUCGAACAAGCUUCUAAUGCUGGUUUUGGCAGCUGUCAUCAAGGCGGGUGCUUCCAGAGAGCAUGAAAUCCUUGCUGAGAUUAGAGAUGCCGUCUUUUCAUUUAUCCAGAAGAUGGAACCCAGAAGAGUAAUGGAUACAAUGCUUGUUUCUCGAGUCAGAAUACUGUACAUAAGGUCCUUACUUACCCGAUCACCUGAACUUCAGUCCAUUAAGGUUUCUCCUGUUGAGUUGUUUCUGGAGAAGCCUGCUGGCCGAAGUAGAAGCUCUAGCAGGGGUAGCAGCCCAGGCAGAUCGCCAGUUCGAUAUGUUAGUGAACCGAUUCAAGGCUUCAAGGUGAAUAUAAAGCCGGAAAAGAAAAACAGGUUGGUGUCAGUGGUUUCAAGAAUACGUGGAUUUGAGCAGGAUGCGAUGAGGCAGCAAGUAACGGGAGGAAAACUGAGGGAGAUCCAAGAUGAAGCGAAAAGUUUCGCGAUUGGAAACAAGGCACUGGCUGCGCUGUUUGUUCACACUCCGGCUGGUGAAUUGCAGAGAAGGAUCAGGUCGUGGCUUGCUGAGAACUUUGAGUUUCUUUCCGUCACAGCAGAUGAUGCUUCGGGAGGAACCACUGGCCAACUCGAGCUUCUUUCCACGGCAAUUAUGGAUGGUUGGAUGUCUGGAUUAGGUGCCGCCUUGCCUCCCCACACAGAUGCUCUCGGCCAGCUUCUUUCUCAAUAUGCUAAACGAGUCUAUACCUCUCAACUGCAACACCUCAAGGAUAUUGUGGGAACAUUGGCGACGGAAGAGGCAGAAGAUGCUGCUCAAGUAGCGAAGCUUCGAUCUGCUCUUGAGUCUGUUGACCACAAAAGAAGAAAGAUUUUGCAACAAAUGAGAAGUGAUGCAGCCUUACUUGCACUGGAAGAAGGCAGUUCUCCUGUUCAAAAUCCUUCUACCGCAGCCGAAGACUCAAGAUUGGCGUCUCUCAUUUCUCUUGACGGUAUACUGAAGCAAGUCAAGGAUAUUACAAGACAAGCCUCUGUGAAUGUCCUGAGCAAAAGCAAGAAGAAAGCAUUGCUUGCCUCUCUUGAUGAGCUCGAAGAACGGAUGCCUUCCCUUCUUGAUAUCGACCAACCAUGUGCUCAAAGGGAUAUUGCUACAGCAUCCCAAUUGGUCAAGUCAAUUCCCGAACAAGAGGACGAUCUUCUGGAACCAUCACAUGCCAGGAGACUCUCUAUAGAUUCAAUAUCCUCUACCGAAACCGAUGUAUCUCAGUGGAAUGUUCUGCAGUUCAAUACUGGCUCUACAGCUCCAUUCAUCGUAAAAUGUGGAGCAAACUCAAACUCAGAACUCGUGAUCAAAGCAGAUGCACGAGUUCAAGAACCUAAGGGAGGCGAAAUCAUGAGAGUUGUCCCGAGACCUUCAGUUUUAGAGAACAUGAGCUUAGAGGAGAUGAAACAAGUGUUUGCUCAAUUACCCGAAGCUCUUAGCUUGCUUGCCCUAGCCAGGACAGCUGACGGGACAAGAGCUCGGUACUCUAGGCUCUAUAGAACUCUGGCCAUGAAGGUUCCUUCACUCAGGGACCUUGUCGGGGAGCUUGAAAAGGGAGGGGUGCUCAAAGAUGUCAAGUCAUGAAAUUGCAAAAAAAAAAAGGGUUUCACAGAUCACCCAGUAUGUGGUGUGGAGUCUUGUUCUGUAUGUAUUGGUUUUUGUGUUUGUAUCUGUUGUUCUCUGUUUGUUGUGCUGUAAUGGCUGUAUCAUGUGCAAUACAAUGCAUUCCCAUCUCAUUAUUCUCUUCAAGAAUUUUUCAGACAGA